GGGUUUGCCUUUCUUCUUUCUCUUCAGGACAAAGAGAACAAUGGGACAACAGAAUUUGAUUUACAGCUUCGUCGCUCGUGGCACGGUGAUUCUCGCCGAGUACACUGAGUUUAAGGGUAACUUUACGUCCGUCGCUGCACAGUGCCUCCAGAAGCUUCCUUCGUCGAACAACAAGUUUACCUACAACUGCGACGGUCACACCUUCAAUUACCUCGUCGUAAAUGGCUUCACGUAUUGUGUUGUUGCUGUUGAAUCUGUUGGGAGGCAGAUUCCAAUGGCUUUCUUGGAGCGUGUUAAAGAAGAUUUCAACAAGAGAUAUGGUGGUGGAAAGGCUACCACUGCUAAGCCCAAUAGCUUGAACAAAGAGUUUGGGUCAAAACUGAAGGAGCAUAUGCAGUACUGUGUGGAUCAUCCUGAGGAGAUUAGCAAACUUGCCAAGGUUAAGGCUCAGGUGACUGAGGUGAAAGGUGUUAUGAUGGAGAACAUUGAGAAGGUCCUUGACCGUGGUGAGAAAAUUGAGCUUCUAGUGGACAAAACUGAAGACCUUCGUUCACAGGCACAAGAUUUCAGAACGCAAGGAACAAAGAUAAGAAGAAAGAUGUGGUGGGAGAACAUGAAGAUUAAGCUCAUAGUCGCUGGUAUCAUCAUUGCUUUGAUUCUCAUCAUCAUCCUCUCGGUUUGUCAUGGCUUCAAAUGUACUUAA